AUGGAUGAAUAUCAGAUGCAUGUUCCUUGUUCAACAGAACUUGAGCCCAAGGCGGUUGAGGUCGUCUACCUGGACUCAAUUGUAGACAACGGUAUACUCCCGCUUCAGUCGACUGAACCCAAGCAGAAAAGCAUUCACAUUCACGCCUCGCAGGCUAGCCCCAUAUGCCCGCGGAUGGGAAGAUCCCCAUGA